AUGGCUUUGAGUAUCUAUUCGGUCGUCUUUGCGGCAUGCGUCGUCUUCGUCUUGAACGUCGUCAUCAAGACGCAGCUUCAGCGCCGCAAGAUGCCGCCGGGUCCCCCAGGCAUUCCUCUCCUCGGGAACGCCCUUCAGCUCCCUUCUGCCUUCCCAUGGCUGAAGUUUACUGAAUGGAGCAAACAAUACGGUCCGAUCUACUCAUUGAACUUGGCGGGUACGCCAGUCGUCAUCUUGAACACAUUCAAGACCGCCGCGGACUUGAUGGACCGCCGCUCCAACAUCUACAGCGACAGACCACGGCUUAUCAUGGCCAGCGAGAUUCUCACUGGCGGCAUAUUUAUGAUCUUCACGAAAUACGGAGAUGUGUGGCGUAAGAUGCGCCGGGCUUCGCAUGAAGAGUUCAGCAUCCGCGGAUGUGAGAAGUUCCAGGGGCAGCAACACGAAGAAGCUGCUCUCAGUGUUUUGGACAUUCUGGAAACACCUGAUGAAUGGCAAGACUGCCUGAAACGCUCUACGGCGUCGAACAUUCUGACCGCUGUCUACGGAAGGGAGCGCCUCACACCCAAGGACAAGCCACUAAUCACGCGUAUCCACGCCCACACGGCACGCAUCGCCGGUGCCGUCGUGCCCGGCGCGUACCUCGUCGAGAUCUUCCCUUUCAUGAAGCACUUCCCGACGUGGAUGGCCAAGUGGAAGAAGGACGGCCUCGACUGGUACAAGCGCGAGACGGACAUGUUCGAGAAACUGUGCGACGACAUUGACACCCAGAAGCAUUCGUUCGUGCGUGGACUCAAGGAGAACCAGGCGAGACACGGUCUUACGAAGCCCGAGGCUGCAUGGUUGGCCGGUAUCAUGUUCUCUGCAGGUGCCGAGACGACGCUCGGUACACUCUUCAACUUCGUCCUCGCGAUGACGCUUUACCCCAACGUGAUGAAGCGCGCACAAGCCGAGAUCGACUCGGUUGUCGGGCGCGACCGACUCCCCAACUUCGACGAUAAGCCCCGACUCCCUUACAUCCGCGCGAUGGUGAAGGAGAGUCUCAGAUGGAGACCAGUCGGUCCCGUGGCGGUCCCGAGACGGACAACAGAGGCACGCGAUGACUAUUACAACGGCUACCUCAUUCCGAAGGGAACCACGGUGAUCCCGAACAUUUGGCGCGUCUUCUUUCCUAUGAGCGCUCCGUGGGCUAUGAACCAUGACCCCGAGCUCUACCCCGACUUCGAAGAGUUCCGUCCUGACCGUUUCCUCGAUGAGUCCGGGCAGAAAGACAAUGUCCCACCCGACACCCACGAGAUGGGGCACGGAACCUUCGGGUUUGGACGACGAAUCUGUGUGGGCUACAACUUCGCCAACCAGGUGUUGUUCAUCCAGAUGGCGAUGAUGCUCUGGGCGUUUAACUUUGAGGCGCCGCUCGACGACAGCGGGCAACCAAUCGUGCCCGACCGGAGCGCCACCAUUGACGCAGGUGUGGUAGUGUUGCCUGCACCAUUCAAAACGAAGAUCACGCCCCGCUCGCCGGACGUGCCCAGUACCAUCCGGCAGGAACUGGAGCACCUCGGUGCGCUAUGA